UUGACAAGAGUCUAUAGAAAACAAUAACGUGUCGCCGUUUCACUAUGUGCUCCAGUAUUAAAUAAAAUUUAUUGGAAAUUAUAUUAAAUUAAUCAAAGUAUUUUCAAUUCUUGUGUGUGGAUAAAUGAUUUUUUUUUUCAAAUUUUGACAUACAACAAAAAUGGAUAUCAAAACAUUACAUACGCUUGAUACACAGCAACCGGCUGAUUGUUUGGAAUGGUGUACACAUCCAGAUUUUCCGCAUCAUUUUAUUUGCGGUACAUAUCAUUUGGAAGAGGGUGAAACUGAUUUUUCGCAACCACCGACAAGACGAAUCGGACGUAUUUACUUAUACAAAUAUGACAUGUAUUUGGAUGAUUUGGAGCUAUUAGAUACGAUUGAAACGGCUGCCAUUCUAGAUGCAAAAUGGCUCAUAGUCUCGAAUAAAUGUCUAUUGAUUGCGGCUAGUGCACUCUCCGAAAUACUUGUUUAUGAAUUAAAAAAUGACGAUCGAUUGCAUUUGGUCGAUUCAAUAAAUCUGGCGUCGGAUGGUGAUGAAAAUUUAUUAACGCUUGCAAUUGAUGUACGUGGUAGUGUGGGCAGUGGAUCUAUGCAUACGGAAAAUUUAAUAGCCAGUGAUUCACGUGGCAUGGUAUCACUGUUAACCGUAAAACAUAAUAAAAUUGUUAAGGAACGUACGUGGAAGGCACAUUCAUUUGAAGCAUGGACAUGUGCAUUUGAUAAAUGGAAUCCAAAUGUUGUAUACACCGGUGGCGAUGAUACAUUUAUGCAUGUGUACGAUAUUCGAGCGCCCGACGUUCAACAAACAAUAAAAAAUAAAUGUCACAUAGCUGGCGUUACAUCGUUUCUUAGCUUCUCGGAAAAUUGCCUAAUCACCGGUUCAUAUGAUGAAUACUUACGCAUAUUUGAUACACGCAGUUGGCGUCAACCGGUCACCGAUCUACAACUUUUCGGCGGUAUUUGGCGCAUUAAACCAUCGAAAUGCAAUCGAAAACUUCUAUUAUGUGCAUGCAUGUACAAAAAUUUUAGCGUUUGUCGAAUAAAUGAUGAUCACAAUGAAUUAAAAUUGAUUGCUGAAUUUAAUAAACAUGAAAGCAUCUGUUAUGGAGCUGAUUGGGCACCAAAUCGAUUAUGCAACGGCGGUCAAGUCAUGAUUACAUGCUCAUUUUAUGAUAAAAAACUUUGCAUUUCAAGUGUUCAUGAAUGAUUUAUAAAAACCAAUUCAACAAAUAAACAAUACUACUUAAAUACAUAAUA